AAAGUAGAAGGAUCUUCCUGCUCACAAAGUGGGCUUGUGUUGCCCGCUACAGGCGAGACCGGGGAAGACAUGCAGACAGAAUAGAAGGAAGAAAUGCUCCGUAAUUUUGCAGUCCCUGCCCUGCUGGUUGUAGACAUUCGCGGCCACCUUCUUUGUCUUCUCAGCAAGGGUGACAGGUUGCGACUACCUCUCCACAAAUGUGGCUGUGUCCUGAGGAGAAAAAAAAGUAAAGGAGAAGAGAGAGAGAGAGAAAUAAGAAAAAAAUCGGGACUAAAUAAUUUUCUUUCCAAUGAAACAAGUAUUUAAAAAAUAUUUAUGCAGGGAGACACAAAGAAAGAAGGAUGCGUCCUGCGUCCACAGUCUGGGAUCCACAGGUCUCAUUUAUUUCUCACUGACGCACGCUCCCGCCGCCGCAGCUUACAGCGCUUCUCUCACUCGCUGCUCUCCUCCCUUCACUUCACUUCCUUCCCUCCUCUCGACAGCAUCCAGAACUAUAGAGCAGCAGUCCCCCUUCACUCGUGUUGCUCCCCCCCUCCCUUCCUCCGUCUUUCUCUCACUGCCAGAGAUCUCUCUCCUCUCUGCUUCUCCCAUCUCUUCGCAGCCCUCUCCCCAGUUCGGUCCGACACUUUUCUCUGACGCACAACGAGGGGGGGGGAGAGAAAACCAAGUCGAGGCCGAUAUGAUCCACAUGCCCGUGCCGCUGUGCUUUCGGAGACGCGCUCCUGAAGCCGCCAGGAGAACACUCUCACCCGGUUGUUGAAGGCUCGCCCGAGAGGCGGCUCAGGAGGAGGAGGAGGAGGAGGAGGAGAAGGUGGUGGUGGAAAAGGAAGAGGAUGGGCAGAAGUGGAGGACUUGCAUUUUAAACAAACUGCUUAGAAAAAAAGAGAGAGGAGAGAGAGAGUCGGUAUCACUGGAGAGCGAGAGAGAUAGGGGGAGAGAUCGCAUUCUCAUCACGUCUUCAUUUCUUUUCUCUCCUCUCUUUCGGUUCAGCCACUAAGAGAGGGUGAGGAAAAGGGGGAGAGGAAAAGAGAGAGAGAGGGGGGAGAGAGUGAGAACGAGAGAGAAAAGGAGAGAGAGAAGAAGAGGAGGAGAAGGGGAGAACGAGAGAUUUACCAGAUUCAAACUAGUGAUCUUUUUUUCCCCCCGAUGCUUUCCAAUUGCUCAACAAAACUAAGGCGGCUCAGUCACCCCCUUCAUUUUCUCGUUCUCUUCCCCCUCCCUCGCAGCCCGGCAACGGACCGUGAGACGCGGGACGCACCGGGCAACGACAGGACCCAUCACCGCAGGAGGAGGAUAUGUGAAGUUGGAAUCCCGCUAAACUAAUGCUGUGAAGUGGCUCUGUCCCUGGAGCUGAAACUUCAUCGCCGUGGUGUCAGCGAGGAUGCUGUGGGUUACCUUGCUGAGCACCAUAGCCUUAGGAUGGACCACACCAAUCCCACUGCUGGAGGACUCGGAGGAGAUCGACGAGCCCUGCUUUGAACCGUGCGACUGCGAGGUCAAGGAAGGCAUCUUCCAUGUCCAUUGUGACAGUAAAGGAUUUACAAAUGUCAGCCAGAUCUCUCAAAUUUGGAGCCGACCCUUCAAGCUCAACCUGCAGAGGAACCUAAUGAGGAAGCUCUACUUCAACAGCUUCCUCCAUCUUAACAAUGCCAUAUCCAUCAAUCUGGGUAAUAACGCCUUGCAAGAUAUACAUGCUGGGGCAUUCAAUGGCUUGGGAAUACUUAAACGACUGUUUCUCCAUGAAAACAAACUAGACGUUUUCCGAAACGACACAUUUCUGGGGUUGGAGAGUCUAGAAUAUCUCCAAGCAGAUUACAAUGUUAUUAAAAGGAUUGAAAGUGGUGCAUUCAGGCACCUUCACAAAUUAAGAGUACUUAUAUUAAAUGACAAUCUCAUACCCAUGCUGCCGAAUUACCUUUUUCGGUCUGUGUCCCUAACACAUUUGGACUUGAGAGGUAACAGACUGAAGACAUUGCAGUAUAAAGGCACACUGGAGUAUGUUGGGCGGAGCUUGAUGGAAAUCCAGCUGGAGGAAAACCCUUGGAACUGUGUGUGUGAGAUUGUCCAGUUAAAAACAUGGCUAGAGAGAAUCCCUUACACAGCUUUGGUGGGAGAGAUCACAUGUGAGACCCCAUUCCACCUACACGGAAAAGACCUGCGGGAAAUUAAACGCAGCGAGCUCUGUCCUCUUCUCACCGAUGCAGAGAUUGAGGCCAAGCUGGGAAUUCCUCGGGUGCCAUUCAGCAAUGAGAAUACUUGGCCUACUAAACCUUCCUCCAUGCUCUCCCCCUUUCACAACACAGCCUCCUCUGUGGAGUACAAGGACAGGCCUGCGAAGCCUACCAAAAAGCCUACCAGACGGCCCACAAAGAAUCCACCAACUCCUCGUAGCAUUUACCCAGGCCUCAACCAGCCCCCCAUUGCUGGCUACCAAACAAGACCACCCAUUCCAAUAAUCUGUCCAGCUAAUUGUAUUUGCAACCUUCACAUCAAUGACCUUGGGUUAACAGUAAACUGCAAAGACAAAGGGUUUCACAACAUUUCAGAGCUUCUGCCUCGACCCCUUAAUGCCAAGAAAUUGUAUCUUAGUGGGAACCUGAUACAGAAAAUCUAUCGUUCAGAUUUCUGGAACUUCUCAAGUUUGGAUUUACUACAUUUAGGGAACAACCAGAUAUCCUAUGUCCAGGAGGGUGCAUUUAUCAACUUGCCAAACUUAAAAAGUUUAUAUUUGAAUGGUAAUGACAUUGAGCGGCUCUCUCCUGGUAUGUUUCGUGGACUUCAGAUGUUGAGCUAUCUUUACUUUGAAUACAAUGUCAUCCGUGAGAUUCAGUCUCAUUCUUUCUCCCUAAUGCCCAAUCUGCAAUUGGUUUUCCUGAAUAAUAAUCUGUUGAGGUCAUUACCCAAUGAUGCCUUUGCUGGCACCAACCUUGCACGUCUUAAUCUUCGUAGAAAUCACUUUGUUUCCCUGCCAGUUCAUGGGGUCCUGGAGCAUCUGACUUCCAUCGUCCAGAUCGAUCUCCAUCAGAAUCCCUGGGAUUGCUCAUGUGAUAUCAUUCCUCUCAAACAAUGGCUGGAAAAGCUAUCCUCUGUCAUUGUGGUGGGGGAAGUCACCUGCAACACACCAGAGUAUGCUUUUGGAAAGGACCUGCGUUCGCUUGAGGUUGAGGUAAUCUGUCCUGAGCUGAAGUAUUCUUCACGUCCCUCUCCAGCUCUGCCUGGUGGGGAUGAUCUCACCACAGGUAGCUCUGAAAUGGGGGAAUCAAGUAGGAGAGGGGCUGUUCCACUGUCAGUUCUCAUCCUCAGUUUGCUCAUCCUCUUCAUUUCAGCGGUGUUUGUUACUGCUGGGCUCUUUGCCUUUGUCCUCCGUCGCAGAAAGAAGCUACCUUUCCGCAAACGUUCUGAGGUGGACCUGACUGGGAUCCAGAUGCAAUGCAGGAUUUUUGAGGAUCCGCCAAGGCAAAGCUGUGCCGGAAACCCUGGCACGCCGGAGAAACCAACACCCAGUUUGCACACACAUUCGCACACUACUCACACACAUGGACAUGGCCACGUUUAUGAUUACAUCCCGCACCCUGUGACUCAAAUGUGUAACAACCCUAUCUAUAAGCCAAGAGAAGGAGAGAUUGCUGAGGAGGAGAUGGCACAGUUUGCAGAAAAGAAAGACAAUGGCAGCAGUAGCAACAGUAACUAUAGAACCUUGUUGGAGAAAGAGAGAGAGUGGACCUUGGCGGUCUCCAACUCUCAGCUCAACACUAUUGUUACGGUCAACCACACCACGGCGGACAUUUCAGGAUUUCAUGAGAAUGGAGGGCUCUGCCCCACAGUGAUUGACAGUCAGAGGCCCACGCCAACAGUGGGCUUUGUAGACUGUUUGUAUGGGACAGUGCCCAAAUUAAAGGACAUGCAUGUUGCACAUGCACAUCCACCAGGCAUGCAGUACCCAGAUUUACAGCAGGACGCACGGCUGAAGGAGACAUUGCUUUUCACAGCCGGGAAAGGCUGCUACCCUGAUCCCUCCCAAAGUGAUUACCUCGAGUUAAGGGCCAAACUUCAAACCAAGCCAGAUUACCUCGAAGUCUUGGAAAAAUCCUACCGUUUUUAAUAACUUUGUAGCCCGGUAGAAAAGAACAACAAAAAAACCAACAUGAUUUUGUCAUUUUCACUAUGCCACCUUACAGACAAAAUUACUUAGACCAAUCUUAAAGCAAAAUUUGAAAAAACAGCAUGAAUUGAAAUAAAUAUGUAUAAUUAUACAGUCACAAUGCCCCCACUCCCACUUAAAAUCACCUUCGAGGAGAGGUCAUUCUCAGAUGUUUCAAUUAAGUGCCUUUUUUUCAGAGUAGCCAGCAAUGUCAACCGUUAUUUUUAUAAUAUAUAAAUAUCUCUAUAUGCCCUGAAGAAAGCAAAGGAGAAAAAAAUGGGGCUCUGGGAAAUAAAACACAUGAACCAUGUUACAUCUGUCACUAAAAUCCAUUUGUAUGGAGCUAACAUGAUGUGCUACUAGUUACCAUGAGGACAAACGGGAGCUGGACGUCUCCCUUACUUUUUUGUUUUUCUGUUUUUUUCCCUCUCUCUUAUUACUCAACUAGGAUGUACAAACACCUGGAAUCUGUGCACAUGUUUUUCUUUGUAGGACAUUAUCAAAAGAGUUUUAAAAAAAAUACUUAUAUUCAAACUGAACUGCAGUUUGCUGCAUGCACUCGCUUCAGUGCAGGAAGUGAGAGGAUUUACUCAGAACUAUCACGUCACUCUAUGAACAGAGAUACCGCAACACAUUUAUGGUUCAGUGUUCUAUUUAAUUUUUUAUAUCUUAUUAAUAUGGUUAUUACUAUAAAUGAAGACAUACUGUAUGUCUAUAUCAGGGUGCUUCUUGUAAAGAAAAGGAAGUGCCAAUACAGGGAUGGUAAAACAUUUGUGAAUAUUAUUACGAGACCAUACUGAAGGGUUUUCUGAAUAUUUCCACACUCUUUGUUAUGGCCCCACCCCUCUUCCCUUCUCAUUGCUUCUGGAGUUCCCAUUGCAAUCCACUAACAGCUUUGUAGUAAGCACUUUUAAUGUUUUCUCUUUCACAAAGAUUUGAAGAAAAAAAUGUGCAUAUAUUUAUUCUGUAAUUUCAGUGAAGAAUUUUAUUGUAAAGAUAAUGUUAAAUCAAUGUAUAGUGAUUAUGCGUCUGGUAUAGCCUUCUUAAUAAAAACAAACUCUUUAAUCUAAUUGAUGAAGGUGUCAAUACCAAUUCCAGUGGAACAUGUGUGGAGUGGAACAACAGGGUGUGUAUCUGGUGUAGGAUGUGGUCAGCCAUUAGCUGUUACUAGACUCAAAAAGCAUGCUAGACCAAGAAGCAGUGCAAGGUAUGAUAAUACAAACUUGCUAGUAUUCAUAUAAUGGGAUUUGCAUCCACUGUAUCUAAACUACAUGGAAAGCAUAAAUACAGGGUGCUGAUUUGUUUUCUUCUUUUUUAACAGAGGGACUCAUUUUCAUAUUUUAAUGUGCAGCUUGACUUUAUUUUGUCCAGUACAAUGUAGGAUUUAGCCACAUUUAAUCUAAAACCAAAGUAAAACACAACCCAGAAAACGUAGAGUAAAUGCUGCUGCCUCUUGAAGAAGAUAUCUUAAAAAGUAAAAGGCAAAUCAGUGAGGAAUGGCACACCUGUCACUCUCUGAACAUGUAUCACUGAUGUAUGCAAGUAAAAGGGUGAGUGAUAUCAUGAUUGGAAAAUACUUUUGUAAUUUAUACAUUUCAUAAUUUGGCUCUCUCAUCAAGUUUGCUAUGUGCUUUCACUCCACUGGAGGGCGAUAAAAGUGUUCUGCCAUUGCAGAAAUGUCAUUAUAUAAGCUUGAUUGGGUUUAGCUGACAGAUACACACACACCCACGCAUGCACACCCCUACAUGUGACUACAUCAUGAAGAUAUUAUCUUAUUAGCUUAUUAAAUCUACACUAUGAAUUGAAAAUGUAAUUUACUUUCAGCAGUCAUAAUUUUAUGUGAUUUUUAAUUGUAUACCACAGGCUCCUUUCUUAGCCUCCUCCAUUCUACAAACAAUGAAAAGGGAAUUUUAAAUAAAGCCUUAGGGUUGUGUCAACUAUGGAUUAAUUUGCUAUAGAAGUCAAUAUUUUCAACCAAUAGACUCUUUUUUUCUUUCUUAGUAACAUUUUUUUGGGAGAGAUGUGAAGUAGUCCUGUCAAACUUGUAAGUACAGUGAAUCUAAGAAGUUUACACAUCCAUGUUAAAAUGCUGGUGUUUGGUGAUGAAAACACUGAGACCAAUACAAAUUCUUUGAGAAUUUCUUUCCACCCUUAAUGUGACUUUUAACCCAUACAACCUGACAUUAUUACAGAACUGUUUAUUUUAAUGGGAAUGAAUAUCCAUAGCAAAUGUUUAUUUGGACAUAUUUGGUCGCUCAUUGCAAUGCUCUAGACUUGUUCGACUGUGAAGGCAUCUCUUCUGUUCAGCCUACUGUAACCACCCCAUAGAUUUCCAGUCAAAAUGAGGUCUAAGCUGUUGGUAGACUAUUUUGUGAAAAAAAGUUAUUUGUUUCUGGAGAAGUCAUUAUUUUGUGGAUUUUGAAAUGCACUAUGAGUUGGUGUGCUAAAAGCUGAAUUCAGUUUUCUAGCAGAAAACUGAAUUUUCUAGCAGAAAACUGAAUUCAGAUGUGAAAACUUUGGUAGUUGGGAAUGUUCAUGGUAUCCUCCAUAUUGAUUAAGUCCCCAUAUCCGGCUUCAGAAAAUCAGUCCUACAGUAUGAUGUUGACAUCAUCGUCCCUCAAUUUAUGUAUCAUGUUCUUUUGGUGAUGUGUAAUGUUGUUUUGGCCCCAAGCAGACAUUUUGGGAUUAUGGUUCUAAAGCUCAACACUGGUUUGAUAAGACCAUAACACAUUUUCCCAUGUAUUUUUAACAGAUUAGGCUAGAAGGCUUUUCUUUACAUGAAAAUGCUUAAAUUUUUGUCUAUCUUACCAUUGUACCCCAGGCCCAGAUAUAUGAAGGUUACUAUCAGUACUUGUCAGAAGUUUAUGCAACUCCUCUUGGCAGCCUCCCUGGCCAGUUUUCAUUGUAAUAUCAUCACCUUUGAAGGAAAAUCUAGUUCUUGUUAAUGACAAUGUUGGUAGAUAUUUUCUACACAUGAUGUGUAGUAUACAUAAUGCCUUAUAAAGUAUUUUGUGCACUUUCCCUAAUUGGCACCUUUUGACAAAGAGAUCCCUCUGAUGCCUUUGAAACUCUGCAGAUCAUUGUGUUUGCUCUGAGAUGCAGCACAGAAAAUGUUGGGAAAAGCAUACUAGGAUGACUGAAUUUAUGUCAUGGUUAAUAAGAGGCACUCUGAACGGUGACAGGUGUGUACUGAUACCUAUUUAAGAUGAGGUUGUACAGGGUGGCCAGCCAGAUCCCCACAUAUGAGAGGUUGCCCACUCUUUCAUUUGAGUUGAAUGUGAAAUAGGUUACAUGCAAGCUUUAAAAUGUUCUCAAAUGAUUGAUCUGGGUCUCAGUUGUUUUGGAUCAGAAAAACAGAACAGGUAUUUUACACUAAGGUAUACAGACACCUUCACUGUGUGUAAAUUGGGAGAUUGAUUCAGAUUUUGUUUAAUCCCCUUGCUUUGAUUUCAAUGCUUAGUUGGAAUACAGUGUUAUAUUCCCUAAUAUAUGUCAACAUAACACCAACUAAAAUGUAGCAAACCAAAUUUUAUUUUCUAAAACAUGUUGAGGUAUUGUUGAUGGGUCAUCUCCGGUAUCGGUUGUCAGUGAUUCAGCCUACAAGCUUGCAUUAAAUUGAGCCUUUUAUCUCAUGUUGCCUUCAUUGUUCAUUUAUUUUUGGCAAGUGUUGUUGAUCAGAUAAACAAAUGACACAUUCAUAUAAAUUCUUCAGAAGCGUGGCUGUAUAAUGUCAAGCCUCUUUUGUCUUUAUUGCUUUUAGAGGAUGUUGCAGUGCUGAAAUGUGAUAAUCUGCUCCACCUAAUUUAUCUUCUUAUUUUUCUGCACUUACACACAUUCACACACAGAAAACACACAAAACCUUAGUUUCCAUGAAUACAAGGUCAGAUUAUACCACAAACAGUUUUAGUGUGCACUCAGUUUGAUUAAAAGCAUGAUAUAUUACUCUCUUAACAUAAACCCUUACCACAUCCAACCCACUCCAAAAUUAACAAAAUAAAUAAAACCUUGCAAUCGUUAAUGAUUUUAUUACCUUUUUACCCUCCCCAUAGUUCAAUGAUUACACAGAUGAGCAUUGAGCUUUCCUCCAGGACUUUUUCAUGUGUUCUUGUUAUUCUACUUGAACAUCUGUUGGCCACUUGGCUGUGAAGGUUGCUAAUAUUCCUUCGAGAAUAAGAUGAUGCUAUGAUCCAUGAGUAAAAACUAUUCCCAUCAUGUUCUGAGGUUUCAAAAAUAAGCUCAUUGUGAAAGUGGUAAUUUUACACUGGACCAUGAGUCCAAAGUGUACAGACAUUUUUCUAUAGCAGUUUCUUAAGCAAAAGCAUACAUACAAUUUCCUAUGUGGAUUUCAAGUGAAAGCAUUUAUGGAGUACAUAUUACAUUAUUGAUAUCCUAUGAGGAUAUUUUAGCUUUAUAACUACAAUGCUUAUGCAAGCUGAAAUAACAUUCAGUUUUGCAAGUUUUUUUACCUGUGCCUGCUCUCUUUACUUGCCGUUAUUUCUUUAUUUAAUUAUUUUCUAGUGGAUUUUUAUGUCAGCAAUGCACGCUUAUUAACACAGCUGUCUUGAUGUUUAUUUCUAUAUUUCCUGUCUGACAUGCCAUUGCCAUGAUACUGCUGCUGUUAAUUCUUCAGGAGAUAUGAGAUACCAUAAUCCUAUUAGAAGAACGUCAGCGGGCUCCUGUGACAACACUGAAUUCAGGACAGCCGUUAAUUGUCUGUAACUGCGCUGGGUAAUAUUUGGAGUAAAAUUGAUAAUGGGGCAAUCUAAAAGCGGGAUCUUUCUUCAAACUUGGUGUGGUGUGAUGUUUUCUCCUUCUCUCUACUUACCUUUUUUUUACUUACCUUAUGAUGUGUUUUGGCCUCUGGUUGUUUGGGUGAUAUUUGUCUGCACUGCACCUUGGAGGAAACAUGCUGUCAGUAUGGAUCUGUAUGCAUUUGUGUGCACGUGCGUGUGCAUGUCACUGAAUGUGUGAGGUUAUCAUCUGCUGCAUGGAUUGUUUGCUGAUUUGUUGUGGUUAUUUGAGUGAAAAUUGGCUUAGUCUUUGAUUUGGACUUGCAGCCCAUUAUGAAUGGAGAGGAAUGACAAGAGGAAUUCUGUUUUCUAAGAGCAGCAUUGAUCAUUCGGGCGAGCAAAGACCAACAGCUUAGGAAGGUGUGACAGAACAUUGAAUCAACAGAAGGAGGUUCUGAAAACAGUGCCUUAUAUAAAAAAUGAACAUAUGUUUAGUCAUCUAAAAAUGCAAGUGUAAUGAAAAGACAAAAGAGGAGGAGAAGACUAAGAGCCACUUAGUAGCAUUUUGUGUGUGUGGUAUACAUUUCCUUUAUUGUAGUAAAAUGCAACAUUAUCUUUAGUUUGCUUAAAAAAAGCCAAUCUGCCUCUGACCACUGUGCUGAGUUGCAGUGUGAUGCAAAUGCUACAUACAAAAAGGUAGAGUAGUGUGCCAUAGAAGGUAUUGGGUGAUCCAGAGAAUCUUUCUUUGCUUGUAUUUUUAUCUAGCAGCUAAUGUGCUUAUGCUGAUGGGUAAUGUAGUUCUGUUGCAUGUUAUGUAGCUCCAUCCGUUCCAUCAGCUUUGAUCAGUUAUCCCAUCCCCGGCAGAGAAAACAAUGUCAUCAUCAGUAUGAUGCUGCCACUGCCACCUUUGACAGGAAAUAGUGUGUCCAGAAUGAUGUGCAAUGUGUAGUUAUCUGUCACAUUGUGUGUUACAUAGGUCUUAAAGUUCCAUUCUGGUAUAACCUGAUGAGAGCACCUGCUUCCACAAUUUUUUGUGCCCUCUACAAAUGGGGCUUUUAUGGCUUUCAUUCAACAAUGGUUUUCCUCUUGCGUGAAGAUCAAAUUUUUUUUUUUUUUUUUUUUGCAUGGUAGUUUUCCAAAAUUAUAGGUCCCUGCAACUCUUUCUGAGUUACUUUAGGGAUCUAUGUUGCCUCUAUUUAUAAUGUUCUUAUUACCCGGACUGUUAGAUUGAGGGGAUGAGAGCUGUCCUUUACUUUUACUUGAUUCAUGACUGAAAUGUCCUCUUGGAGAUGUGCAACGCAUGGGAAAACAUAACUUGAAACUCCUUUAAACUUCUUACUAGCUUCUUUUUUGACCUGCCUGCUGUCUACUUUUGUCUUCAAGAUGUUGUUUCUUUUACUAAUGCUCUCUAAUAAACCUCUGAGCCUUCACAGUAAAACUUUAUCUUAAAGUAAAUCAAACACAAAUGAAUUGGAUUUACUAAUUAGAUGACUUCUAAAGGCAAGUGGUUACAAUGGAAUGUAUUUCAGGGCAUCGUAGCAAAGAGGCCUGAAGACUAAUAUAUGCAGAACUUUUCAAAUUUUUAUUUGUAAAAACCAUAAAUAAUAAAAAUAUGUAAUAUUUUUCCAUUUCA